AUGAGCUUGGGGAGGAAGAAAGAAGUGAGGGUGAGUGGUAAACAUCUCAACCCAACAGACUGGGACAGAGGCGGGCCAUCCCUAGUCCACUCCUAUGUUGACUGCAGCAGACCACACGGCAACUUCACCAUGAUGUCAAUUGCCCCACAUAGGACAUCUGUGUCUCCGGAGAAGGACUUCACCAGGGGAGUGGAGAAUCCUCCCAGGGAAGUGUCCUCCCACAGCAGAGACUGCUGCACUAACAUGGGUGUUUCCAAACAAACAAUGGAUGAGCUGAAGAGCAUACUGAGAGAAACCUCCUUGCUGAGCACGAGAGGGAAGGAGGAAGGGAGACAUGAUAUUCCCUACACCUUCCUCCAUGGGGCAAUGCCAGAUGAAAAGCCCGAUGAGGGAAGCCAAUGUAAGUCGUUUACAACCUUCAAACCUAACUCGGAUGGCUCCAGCCAGCUCAGGUCCAGCAGCUUUCUUCAGCUAGGCUCCAGCAUUGACUCUUCCAGCUCUUGCAGGUCUGAUAGGGUUAGGGUUAGAGCAAGUAGGCAGUCUGGUGUUCAGCCUCCAACACAUGUGAACAGUAACAACUUGGGCGAGACUCAGCCUUCUGAAACAGAUGAUGGUAAAGAGAGUUCAAACACGUCUGGGACUCAAAGCUUUAUCUCAGCCAUGGAGAAGGUCAAGCAGCAGAUUGCCAAAGAAAACAUCAAAUUUGUUCGCUUUGAGGCAACAGAUCUCCAUGGGGUGUCCAGGUCAAAGACUGUGCCUGUCCGCUUCUUUCAUGAAAAAGCUGUUUGUGGUGUGCCAAUGCCUAGAAGCUACCUGGAGCUAACCCUUAGCCCUAAAAGCAACGAAGUGGAUUAUGCCAGUACAGCAAACUUCAGCAGUGAUGUGAUUCUGAUUCCGAACCUGGCCACCUUCAGGGUCCAGCCCUGGGCUGAGCAAACUGCACGGGUCAUUUGCGAUCCUUGCACAGUGACUGGUAUCCCCCUCCGUACCUCACCCCGUCUUAUUGCCAAGCAGCAGCUAGGGCAGCUCCAAAGCUUAGGAUUUUCCCUGUACUCUUCCUUCACCUAUGAGUGCUGCGUCCUGGGAGCACCAGAUAGAGUUGGUCCCAAGACCCUCAUGUUUCCGGCCACCACCCUGCUAAGCAACCACGACCUUCCCUUCUACCAGCAGCUGGUGGAUGGGAUGUACAGCAUGGGAGCUGACGUCGACAGUUUUGCUUCUGCAAGCGGACCCAGCCAGAUGGAGAUAAAUUUGAGACCGGAGUUCGGAAUCACAGCUGCAGACAGUGCAUUUACCUUUCGUACUGGCAUUAAAGAGAUGGCACGGAAACACAGCUACAUUGCCAGCUUCUUCAAUGAUGAUGACUUCCACAAUGCUGGAGUGCUCUCCCAUAGUCUGUGGGAUGCCAAUGGUCGCCGAAGCUUGUUCCACACGGGGGAAAGACAAGGAGACUUGUCUGAAAUUGGCAGAAAGUGGUUGGCGGGGCUUCUCAUUCAUUCAGCUGCCCUGAGCUGCCUGAUGUCACCAGGAGUGAGCUGUCAGAGUCACAUUGCCAAGAAGGUCAAAGAUCCAAAGCACACUACACUCUAUGCCACCUUUGGGUGGAAUGACAACAGCAGCUCCUUCAACAUCAAGUGUCAUGGAGGGAGGGAGACCCACAUUGAUAAUAAGCUAGGCUCGGCAAUGGCAAACCCCUAUGUGGUGCUUGCUGCUACUGUGGCGGCAGGUCUGGAUGGUAUUACGCGCAACCUUAAUAUUGAGACUGGUUCUAACCGAACCACAACCCAGCAGAAACAAUAUUCCAUCCCAUUGAAAUUGAAUGAUGCCCUAACUGCUUUGGAGGAAGACAAUGUGAUUCAUAAUGCCUUGGGAGAGCCCUUUGUGCAGUACUUCGUUGCUAUGAAGAGAUUUGAGAUUGAGACACAGGAAUUGUAUGCAGAGAGAAAUAAAUGUCUGGAAUAUUUCAUGUAA